CCCCGUCCCCCAUGCUAUUUUCUUCAGCAGAGUUGAGCAGAGCUGCCAGGGGCUGAGGGAGAAAAGGACAAAACUCAGCCAUGUGGGCAGGGCUGGGGCUAGUUCUGGCUCUCUGUCUCCUCCGAGGAGGAGGAUCUGAGAUCCAGAACUGCGAGGAGCCGCCAGAAUGGCAUAUUGGGGAGGAGAACCCAAUGCUGAGCUCUAGAGGCUCAGUGACGGUGGUGGCUCUCCUCCAAGCUAGCUGAUACUUGUGCCUGCUGCAGGCUUCCAGAUUGGAGGACCUGCGAGUGAAGUUAGAGAAUGAAGGACUGGUCAAUAUCUCGUAUGUUGUUGUUAACCAUCAGGGAGCUUAUUCACAGAGAAAAUUUCACCUACUGAAAGAAAGUGUUUCAGAAUAUAUUACUGUCUACCAGCAAGAUGACCAGCAAGCUGAUGUCUGGACUACCCUAAAUGGAAACAAGGACGACUUUCUUAUCUACGACAGAUGCGGCCGUCUGGUGUAUCACCUGGGUCUGCCCUAUUCCUUCCUGUCUUUGCCAUAUGUAGAAGAAUCUAUUAAGAUUGCAUACUGUGAAAACAAGUGUGGAAACUGCUCUUACACGGAACCUGAUAUUGAUGGUGUAUGUGAAAACAUCACUAAAAGAGCUGAUGAAAAGCUAGAGGAGACAGAACUCAACCCAGCUGGUCACCAUUCACAUCACCACAACUUGCAUAGACAUAGGCACCACCACCGCAAUGGCAGUCGUCAUUCUGAAAAUGAGAACCAUCAGGCUCCUUCUGAAACUAAAAGAUACCAUCCUCACAGCAGUAGGCAUCAUAGGGUUUUUGGCCAUGGCAGACAUCAUCAUGCAGGUAGUCAUGAACAGACAGACACUGUUCCUCUAGGAGAAAGUAUGGAAGUUACACAAGAUAAAAAGCUAUGAAAAAAGGGGAAAACUAGCUGUAAAAAACAGUUAACAUGAAAUUGGCAGACAGCAUCAGAUGCAGCUUCUAGCACUUGAUGCUGUCAUUGUCGACACCUUUUGUUUGAAGAGCUAGGAAAUUCUGUCACUUGACAGUGUCGUGGAGCUCUUCCAAAUUCUUGCAGGUGACAUGGCCAGCUGUCAGCAGAGGACAUCACUGAAUCUUGACAGUGACGUCUGCUUGCUGAUGCCUGACAGUCGUCAGCAGCAAGAGGAAGUGAAGGUAGUGACACCUGACAGUGACAGGAAAAGGUGAGAAACUGAGCCUGAAAAACAAACUAAGCAGCUUAAAAAUGCAAGGGAGUCCUAUUAUCUAAAUUUAUAUGGUUGAAAGAGUGGAAAAAAAAAUCAACAGAUGAAGUGUUUCUGUUGCCUUCACUUAAAAACUAGACAGGUUCGUAGAGUCCAGGUGUUGCACAGAAGUAAGAUUUUAGAGCAGUGCUCUUAGAAUAAUGCAAUACCUGUCAAAUUCCAUCAGUGAAAAAGCUUUGUAACUUAAGAAUUUUAAUUGACCUGUAGUUUGUUUUUCAGUUGCACUGGGAAGGUGUCUUCAUUCUUGAUUAAUUUGUCUUAUUUGUUUGUCUUCUAACAUUCUGCUUGCAUUUGUGAGGACAGGAGCGUAAACUAUGACCUAGGGGCUUCUGUUUGAUGUUUUGCAAUCAAGAAUAGAAGAUAACCAAAAGAGAUAUUUUAAUCAUUUUUAUUAAGAAGAUGGAGUACAUGCAAAGUUGUUUCCCCCCCCCCCAUUUUUUCCUUUUUUCCCCGUUUUAUGUUUUCCCUUUUUUUUUCCCAUUAUUUUUUUCUUUCUUAACGUGGGGAUACAAAUUAUUUACAAGAAAAGCUUAUUCCUAAACAACAUGUCAAAAUAAUUUUUUAUCUCAAAUAUAAGAUACAAGCAGUAAUUGCUUUAUUUUAAGAGAUUUAUAUGCUGAACUUUUGUUACUGAGAUACAGCAUGGGAGUUCAUUAAUGCAUGUUACUGUAGCUUGUAAAAUCCCACUACAUCAGUAAGAUUGUGCCUAAAGUAAGAAAUCAGUGUUAACAACUUUAUACAGAAUCAGCAUCAAAAAGAGGGAGGAGCAGAAGAAAUUUAAUCUUGGUUUAUUGUUUGUCUUUGUUUAUAACAGUACUGAAUCUGAUAAAUCUGUAUUGAUUGGUAAGACAAUAUACCACUUAAACUUGCAUAACCUCUCUCUCUGUAGCUUAGCAUUCCUAACCUUUGAUUAACUGAGAUGAAAUGAAAAUACAGUUUGAAGGAUUCCUGGAUGAAGAAGGGAAUAUUCAGGAAAGGAAAACUGCUUUGACAGUGUACACCAUAAUUAAUGAUGGUUUUAUAGGAAAAUUACUACUCCUACGAAACCUGAAUCUUUUUAUUGUGAAUGCUGAUCAGCAAGAAAGUAGUCCUGAAUGUAUAUAGAAUGUGGUGACUUUGGAAUGUUUGACAAGAGCGUUUUCAAUAAAAUA